AUGCCUGCAGGCCUCCGGCAGGAAGCGCCGGGCAGCCCUCACGCAGGCCUGGCCCGGCUGCAGGCGGCGGAGCCCUGCGAGCCCAAGCAAGACCCUCUGCCCCUGCGAGCAGAGCGAGCCAGCGAGCGUGGCCGCGCGCAUUCCAGCCGCCUGAUUGACGCGCACCAGGGUCCCCGCCUGCGGCUCCUGCCGCUGCCACCGCCUGCCUGCCGCAUCAAAGCAGAUGUUUGCAGCUGGUUUGAGUUGGAUCCCCGUCAACAGGCCCCUUUUUGUCUCCAAAUAAAAACCAGCUACGCCCGGAAUGAUAAGGACGCUGCAGGCACGCUCUUCGCGGCCAAAUGCAGUGGUUGCAUGGAGAAGAUCGCCCCCACCGAGUUCGUGAUGCGGGCGCUGGAGUGCGUCUACCACCUGGGCUGCUUCUGCUGCUGCGUGUGCGAGCGGCAGCUGCGCAAGGGUGACGAGUUCGUGCUCAAGGAGGGCCAGCUCCUGUGCAAGGGCGACUACGAGAAGGAGAAGGACCUGCUCAGCUCCGUGAGCCCUGAUGAGUCCGACUCCGUGAAGAGUGAGGACGAGGAUGGUGACAUGAAACCAGCUAAGGGACAGGGCAGCCAGAGCAAAGGCAGCGGGGACGAUGGGAAGGACCCUCGGAGGCCCAAGCGACCCCGGACCAUCCUCACCACACAGCAGCGAAGAGCCUUCAAGGCCUCCUUUGAGGUCUCCUCCAAGCCCUGCCGGAAG